UGCACUCUGCUGUUACUGAAGGUACGCUUGUAAUAGUGAAAUAUCUUGUUGAAAAGGGCGCUGAUGUAAAUGGCAGGGAUACUGAUGGUUGGAUUGCGUUGGACAUAGCUGUUAGUAAAAAUAGGUUGGAAAUCGUGAAAUAUCUUGUUGAAAAAGGCGCCAAUGCUAAUGGAAAUAGGAAUGAGUGGGGGGCAGCGAUGCACUUUGCUGUCGCUAAGUGUACGCUGGAAAUGGUAAAAUAUCUUGUUGAAAAGGGUGCUGAUGUAAAUGACACGGAUACUUGUGGGAGUACAGUGCUCCACACUGCCGUUACAGAGGGUACGCUUGAGAUAGUGAAAUAUCUUGUUGUAAAAGGCGCUGAUGUAAAUGGCAAAAAAAAAAAGGGCCUGACUGUGCUGCACUCUGCCGUUACAGAGGGUAAGCUUGAGAUAGUAAAAUAUCUUGUUGAAAAAGGCGCUGAUGUAAAUGGCAAAAAAAAAACGGGUGGUCUGUUUUGCACUCUGCUGUUGCUAAAGCUAAGCUUGAAAUACUUGAAACAGAUACUUGUGGUAGUACAGUGCUGCACACUGCCGUUACUGAAGAGCGUUGAUGUAAAUGCCAAGGAUACUGAUGGGUGGACUGUGCUGCACUCUGCUGUUACAGAGGGUACGCUUGAGAUAGUAAAAUAUCUUGUUCAAAAGGGCGCUGAUUUAAAUGGCAAAAAAACAAACGGGAGCACUGUGCUGCACUCUGCAGUUGCUAAAGGUAAUCUUGAAAUAGUAAAAUAUCUUGUUGAACAUGAUGGUGAUGUAAAUGGCAGGGAUACUGACGGGUGGACUGUGCUGCACUCUGCUAUUACAGACGGUACGCUUGAGAUAGUAAAAUUUCUUGUUGAAAAAGGCGCUGAUAUAAAUGGCAAAAAUACAAACGGGUGGACUGUGCUGCACUCUGCUGUUACCGAGGGUGCGCUUGAAAUAAUAAAGUGUCUUGUGGAAAAGGGUGCUGAUGUAAAUGGCAAGGAUACAAACGGGUGCACUGUGCUGCACUCUGCUGUUGCUAAAGGUCGGGUUGAAAUAGUAAAAUAUCUUGUUGAAAAUGGCGCUGAAAUCCGCAAUGAUACUCUUGGCAUUGAUAUUUUAAAGAUAGCAAUUGUGAAAAAUUCGGUUAAUUUGGUCACUCUUCUGUUAAAAAAGAACGUCAACUUAUGGAGAGGUGGGACAUUUCUCGUUGAUGGAAGAAAUUUGAGCCUUCUUGAAAUGAGUAUCCACCUUGGUCAUGAUGAAAUUGCAACUAUUCUUAAAAGGUCCGUAAAACAUCGUCAGAAAAUUCAGGUGCUUGGUACAACGAAUUGCAACCAGUUAGAGAAGACUGAAAUUCCGAUACAGGCUUUUGUCGCCGACAAGCAAUUCAGAAUUGGUGAUGGUGGUUAUUCAUGUGUUUAUGUUGGUCUCAUGAAGGAUGGAAGUGAAGUUGCUGUUAAGAGAAUGGUGUUGCAAAAGUGGGAUAAAGUAGCUGAAAACGAAAUGGAAAUUAUGAGUCUUCUGAAAACAGAAAAUUCUCCAUUUAUUGUGAGCUAUCGAUAUUUUCAUAGGGACGAGAAUUUCAUACAUCUAAUUGUUGAUCUUUGUGAGGAAACCCUUACUGAACUUGUCGGCUCUCACACUAUUGAGCAGUUGCAAGAGCAAGGUCCAAGAAUGAUCAAAGAAAUUCUAUCAGGACUGGAAUUUCUUCAUGGUAAAGGAAUAUUGCACAGAGAUCUUAAACCAUCAAACAUCCUUGUUGAUAUCGAAGGCAGUAUGAGAUUGGCAGACUUUGGAAUAAGCCGAAUUCUAAAAGGCGACGAAACGGCAGUUGCAACAGAUGCUAAAGGCACUGAAGGAUGGAUACCGCCAGAAGUUAUUGAGGCGGGAGAGAAACAAGAAAAAGGUCCAUUCAAAAAGAAAUCAGAUGUUCAUGUCGCGGGUAUGAUUGCUUUCUACGUUUUAACUAAAGGUGAACAUCCUUUCGGAUCUAGGUUAGAUCGAACGAAAAAUGUUUUGAAAGGAAACUCUGUCAAUUUGAAGAAACUUGGUGAUCGUAAAGCUCGAAAGUUUGUGUCCCAGCUGAUUAAUCACAAGAUUGAUAAAAGACCUUAUGCUGACGAAGCGCUGAGAGAUUCUUUCGUUAAUGAAGACUAACAGAAUUCAGAUGCAGAUUAACAAAAGUUUUGAUUAAUUAUUGGAUCGAUCUACGUCAAGUGAAGAAUUUUUUAGACUUGAGCUUUUAGAUAAUAUGUUUUAUAUUUUAGCCCAAUUUAUACAAAACAGAUAUCAUUCACGAUCAACUGUAAAAACUUUCUUUCGUUCACAGCGUUUCCGUCGCGGAAGAAUAUACCCGUGCGAAAGCUUUAGAUCACCCCUAAAAGAUUUCGAACCUUUUAGGAUUUUUACAAAUGAAAAAUGUUAAUUGCAGUCAGCUACGCUUUGCACACAUUUCGUAUUGACAGUCUAAAUUAAAAUUAAAUUCGUACUCAACUCUAAAAAAAUCACAAUUAACGCAAAAUAACAAGUGUGACCUAAAACGUCUUCGCACAGCAUUAAUUACAUGCGCUAAAUUUGUUUUCAUGACAACUCUUCGAGAAAGGCACAUUACGAGAUUUUUCGACUUUGAUUGAUAUAAAAUCGGAUGUUUUUCUCUGUACCAAGAUUGCUGCAAUUUCAAACCUGCUUGUAGGCUUGUGCAAGCUUAAUAAUUUACCAUUUGAUAGCAUUUUUUGCGAUUAAAACUGAAGACGAAGAGCAACGUUUUGGCCUUGUAUUUAAUAAUCGAGAUGAAUCAAGUAAAGUUUGUGCGACCGGCAAAAAAUACAGCAAAUUUCUACAUGCAAAUAUCAAAAUCUUGGACGAUGAUGUAACAGAUAAUAUUAAUGAAGAAUUCCUUUGUGUAACAAAUAAACUUGCUAUUAGCGAUGGAAUCAACAUAGUGGCGCCAAUAAACUCAUACGUUAUAAUGAAAUACUGCUGCAUGGGAAAGUGUAAACAAGUACAAGAUUCCAGUUUUAUUUAAGCCAGUAUGGAAAAUGAGCUUGACCAGGAAAACGAAGUUAUUCCAGGCGGUAUUAAUAACAAUUUCGUCAAGGUAGCUAUAGCAUCACCGCUGGAUGAACUCACAUACCGCAACUCAUUCGUUAAACUCUCAAAAAAGGUCAUACAUCAUAAACUUCUCUAAAAAGUAGCUAAUAUAUGAUGGGCUGAGACUUUACAACCGAUAACGGAAGAUGAAGAUCGAUCUUACAGAAUUAGACCACGAUUACAAACAUCUUUUCUCCCUCGAAAAAUCCAUGGGCGAAAACGAAUCCAUCGUUGGAGUUUUUGAUCGAGAAAAUGGUGAUCUUGAUAUCCACUCUGAUCUUGAAAGCCACUUGACUCUAUUACCACCGUAGUAUGCAAACUUGGUAACAGGUUUGUAGGUUCAGGAAUCAUGCAAAGUAAAGGCACGAAAAAAAGAUGAGAAGAGAGCGAAAGACAUUUUGAAGCCCCCGUGGUCAAAGAAGAAGUCCAGAGUCAACCAUUACACCUUAUGGAUAUUCCAAGAAUUGGUCAGGUACCCCAACCUAUGCAUUUGCUGCCCGCAAACUUUUGUGCGUUGGAAUAAACCGCCCAUGUUUAUAGAGAGGCUCUAAACUGCAGUGAUUACAGGUAUUAAUUUAAAUACCAACCAACGACCAUUCCCAGAUAAACAGAACUUUAAACAAUAUCACCAAGCGAGGAAAAAUGUUAAAACUAAAGUCGGCAAAACAUUUCUUAAACUUAUCGAUAAACACCGACUUCUUCAAAUCCCCCUUGGACGUAAAAGUCCACAAACAUGUACUAUUAACAAGGGAAUUGCCUCGAUAAUUAUUAAUCAGACAUUGAAAAAUCAGAAUAAGUGUGGAAACCAAAUUUAAGAAUUAUUGUAAAGAAUUUGUUAUCAAAUGGUGAUUUAUUGCAAUACAAUCAAAUCGAAUCAAUCUCUGAACAUAGGUAAGAAUUCAAAUAGUUCAAAAAUUUCUUAAAAAAAUUACUUUGCUUUUCUCGAAAUGCUGUCAAAAUAAAAACUUCAGCGUCCCUAUUUUAAAGGCAAGAAAGCUAUGUAAACAGACUUGUAGCAUUAGUCACGUAUUACAUAGAUUUACAAAUGCAUGCAAGUAUUACACAGACUUGAAGCAUCUUAAUUGCUUGGGAAUGCUAUAUUAUAAAGCACCGCCACCAGGUAAAAUUUCAAUAUUAUUACUCUUAUAAUGUAUAUAGUGCAAGUUCUGAAUUAUUUUAAUUUUAAUAUUCAAACUAACAGUUGGUCAAUCACAAGAAAGAGACAAGAAACUUAAUAUGAACCAUUAUAAUUUUAGAAAUAGCCCUUCUAGUGUAUGCAAUUCUUGAACAUAUAAACCAGCAAUGAAAUAAUGACUUACAUUUCUUUGUAUAUAGAUAAUUGUGUAAUUUCGAGUGCAAUUACGGAUUAACAAGCACAAGUGAGUUUUUAAAGGUUGCAAAAUAGCGCGAGUCCGAAGGACGAGCGGUAUAUUUGCAGUCUUUAAAAACUCACGAGUGCAUGUUUAUCCGUAAUUACACGAGAAAUUAUAGUACUACGUAUUAAUGAUAUGCAAGGAAAUCUUGGA